AUUCUUUAGAUGAUUUACUUUUGGAAGCUGUCUUACAAAAAUCUAUGAAAACAAUGUCUGUGAGACCAGUUAUUAUUAGAAAAUCUUUGAAUAAUUGUGAAGUUUCAGAAAUUCAUAUUAAGGCAGAUACAAACAUUAAUGAGACAAGACCGAUUAUUGACGCAAAGACCAAGCAGGAUAUAGCUCAACAACCUGUUGACAAUGAAAUUCUUAAUGUGUUUCUAAGAAAAAAAGUUGUUUUGUCAAGGCUGCCAGUGUUGGUAAACGAUUCUGAUGCUCUGAAAAACAACUCUGAUAAAUCAUUAGAAUUUAGGGCAUCCAUAAUUAAUGUUCAAUGCACAAAGAAAGAGGGAUUGAACACUAAUUUAUGA